GCUCCAUUCAAAAUCAAGGGACUCGGUUAUCUCGCAGACUAUUUACGCACUGUUUCAUCUAUCAACCCCCUUUUGAGACGAAACUAAAGCCAGGCGCAACAGUACAAUUCCAGCAGCAUCACCUAUACCUACUCUGUUCCUGGCCUGCCAGCCUAUCACUGAUGUUCCGCCUGGGCUUUGUGGACAAGAAACGGGCCAUCCAACUAGCACGGUGUUUUUCAAACCUCACGCCCCUCAGCGCAAAGCAGUUACCGCCCCGUCUCCAGAUCGACGAUGCGGACGUGACCGUGUCCUACCUGAAAGGCACCGGGCCGGGCGGACAGAAAAUCAAUAAAACCAACUCCGCCGUCCAAAUCAUCCACAAACCAACCGGUCUCGUGGUCAAAUCGCAGGCUACCCGCUCCCGGUCUCAGAAUGAAAAGAUCGCCCGCCAACUACUAGCCGACAAAGUCGAGCUGCUGCAAAAGGGCGACCAGAGCCGCAUCGCCCUCAAAGCCGACCAGAGCCGCAAGAAGAAAGCUAGCAAGUCGAAGAAGUCGCGCCGCAAGUACCGGGAUCUCGAGGAUGCGAAG